GCCAACAUUAUCCAAACGUUUUAAUACUAGCUGGUAAUUUUUGUUGGAAAUAUAUUUUAAUAAUUGUAAUUAAUACGAAUAAUUUAAAUUAAUAUGGGAACAAAAAGAAAGAACAUUGAGGAUGAAUUGUCACGGUUUGAGGCGGAAAUAUCAAAACCCGCCACAACAGCGGCACCGUCAACACGUAAUCUUUUCGUACCCAACCAGGUGAGACCCAUAAUAGCAGCCAAUACCUACAGCCAGGUUCAGCAAAAACUCCAACAGCAACCAACAAAUACUGCAAGUUCAGUGGCACCACCUAGCAUGCCGCCAAGAAUCACUGUUCAACCACCUCCCAUACCACCACCGGCGUUCAUGCCAACAUUUGUUCCCACACAAGCUGUAAAGACACACGUACCCGUUACAACCACCCCCGUGGUGUUAAGCAGUGCGCCGAAGUUGUAUCAGAGUCGGCAGUCGGUAAAUGUUCCUUCGGUGCCCGUUGCAAUGCCAAUAGAUGUCAAUUCCAUACAGUUUGAUGUUACACAGAAAUUGAAAAAGUUGAAAGCAGAAAAAUCGGGACCAAAUCCCAUUGCAGAAGAAGCCAUUAAAGCGGCAAAAGCUUCGUCGGCUCUGCAGUCGUUCCAGUCUACCGAAAAGAAGAAGAAAGAUCGUAAAACAGUACGUAUAGCCGGUGGUCAGGUAUGGGAAGAUUCAUCUUUGGCCGAUUGGCCCGACGAUGAUUUCCGCAUCUUCUGUGGUGAUUUAGGCAAUGAUGUCAACGAUGAAGUUCUAACGCGUACAUUUAACAAAUAUCCCUCCUUUCAAAGAGCCCGUGUAGUACGUGAUAAACGUACGGGGAAAAGUAAAGGCUUUGGUUUUGUUAGCUUUCGCGAACCGUCUGAUUUCAUAAAGGCAAUGAAAGAAAUGGAUGGACGGUAUGUGGGAAGUCGACCAAUCAAAUUGCGGAAAAGCUCUUGGCGUCAACGUAGUUUGGAUGUGGUCAAGAAAAAGGAACGUGAGAAGCAAUUGUUGCUGCAGUCAUUCAACGCUUAAUGGAAUACUUUAAAGCAGUAGAAUUUUUUAGACUAUUUGGCUCAAAUUUUAUAGAAAUAAGCUUCAAUUCAGGCCCAUAUUUUUGGAUUAUGAAAAAAAUAAUGUACCUUUUCUAACAAAAUCAAUAAACAAAAUUAAAAUACAAUUAAGAAAA